AUGGUUUACACUGGUGGUAUGAUGUGUAAGCCCUCCAUUGGUGGUCGUAGAGGGGCGUGUCCUUCUACUUGGAUCCAGUGGGGUGGCAAAUGUUACAAAGCCGCCAUGAAGCCUCUGACUUGGUCUGAGGCAAAAGAUGAGUGCACCAAGAUGGGAAGUGUCUUGGUCGUGCCACAGUCUCAGGAGGAAGCUGAUUUCCUCCUGCUGCUAGAGCCAAUUCCAUCCGAGUUUUGGAUCAAUUGCAGCGAUCUCGAGGAAGGUACAUGGAAGUGUCAGGAUGGAACUGACGAAGUGGAAUUCAGGAAUUGGGCAGACAAGCAACCCGAUUACGCGAAUUCUAAUGAGCACUGCGCUGAGGUAUGGCCAGAAGGGAAAUGGAAUGACUUGCCAUGCCAUUACCCACGCCUUGGCAUAUGCGUCCGACCUGCACCACAGCUGUACUUUUAA